AUGAAACUUGAAAUUUUGAAUCCCAGCACACGAUCUCUCUUCUGUACUAGAACCCCUAAAUCCCUGCCCCAAACCCGAUUUCCCUCCUCGGCCAUCCAAUCGCCCUUCACUGGAAUCGUCGAAGAAAAUAAUGGUGGCGAUGAUGGCCGGUUGCUGCUCGACUGCUGCGCUGGCGAGGUCGGGAUGGGGGUGCAAUGUCGGGGCUGCUACUCUCGGCUUCGCUGGCUAGACGAGGAAGAGAGGGAUGGGGGACAGCUGGGGAGUUCUUUGGGGGAACCGAGAGGUCAAGCGGUUGCUCGGCUGAUGCUAGCUUAG